AUGAGGAAGUCGAGCUCGGACCCUGGUCGCCGCAACUGCCCAAUGGGGGGAGGCAAUCCGUGGAAGUGGAUGGGUCCAUGGCAUAAAGGGUCGCCUUCUGGGCGGAUCAGUGCUAUCAAUGCACCCGGGCAGCCACUGGUGUCACUAGACUACGUGCAGCACCUGCCACCGCCGCGUUGCAAUUGGAUCCACUAUUUUCCGGCGCCGACUCUCCGAGUCAACUUUUCCGAGCAAAAGCUCGUGAAGAAGGCGCUUGAGUCUUUCUUCGCUCUCGGGCCGACUACAUCAUCCCGCAUUUUGGCCAAAUACUCCAUCUCCCCCAUGUCCAAAGUCGGCGCUCUGCCACCGAAAACCGUCACGGCUCUUACGGCAGAGUUAUCGACAAUGACGAUAGAAAGCGAUGCGCGGAAGAUCAUUCAACAGAACGUCAUGAGACUAAAGGAUAUGGGAAGUUACCGGGGAAGAAGACACGCCAUGAACCUCCCCGUGAGAGGACAGCGGACGAGGACCCAGAUCGAGUCGGCCAGGAAGCACAAUUCUGCGAACAGACGAUGGUAA